AUGGCACACCGGCGUCCCGUCUUUUCCGCUGCUCUCGCCCUCCGCUCCGCCUUUUUGCCCAAAAUCCCAUUUCAUGCACGCCGCCAGGUCAUAAAUACAAUCAGGGCUGACCAUAUCUCUUAUCGCCCACUCGACCGAAAUUUUCCUACGUCGACGGUGGCCAUCAGCGAGUCGUUAGAUAUCCCUCAGAACCCACCCAAAAACGCCCCUCAAAACGAAGCCAUCAGGUACCCACGAGUACAUCUCGUGAACGACGACGGGUCACUAAGCUCAUUGAUACCGACUCGACAAAUAUUUCGCACAUUCAACCGGAUAGAAAGCGUUCUAGUGCUAUUACUGCCUCCUUCCGAGGAAUAUGGGGCGAUUUGCAAAGUUGUGAGCAAGAGAUUUCUACGCGAGCAAGAAUACCAAAUGAGUCGACAGGCAGUCAAACCAAAGGUUGGAAAGCAAAUUGAACUCAACUGGGCUAUCGAACCCAAUGAUCUGGAUAUGAGACUGAAACAAGCGGAGUCCUUUCUUUCCAAGGGGAAGCCUGUGGAGUUGGUUCUUUUAAAAAAAGCCCGCAAAAAAAGGGCUACGGUGGACCAAGCCACUGCUCUGGUGGACACUAUACAAAAAUGGAUUCUUGAGAAGGGGGCUGUUCAAACGAAACCGCCUGAAGGGGAGGUAUUAGGUUUGUUUUAUUUCAAAUUAGAACCGAAGGGAUCGAAUUUAUAG